AUGUCCACAGGUGUGCAACAACAGAGGCCAAGAUCUCAGCUCAAUUGCGCUGAGCCGCACACAGCAGUCUGUGGGUCAACAUGCUACAAUCCGAAUCUACUUGACUGCUGUCUGAGAAACAACACUAAUUGUGAAACCUCAGGUCACUGUGGUGAUGUUGCUCCAACAGUAUUUAACCCACGCACACAUUUCUGCUGUUAUGGCCACGUAAUUGACAGGAAUCCGUGGAUGGAAGAAUUUCCCUGCUCACCAGAAGAGCACUGCUGUGGAGGGAACGUCUACAACCCUGAAACUCACAUCUGCUGCAAUCAACACAGGUGGCACAAAGGAGAGCACAUUCGUUGUUGUGGUGCGGAAGCCUACAACAUUUCAGACACACAGAUGAAAUGCUGUGGCGGGAACGCUGUAUAA